UUCGCGCUAUACAUACAUACAGGCACGCAGCUCUCCUUCCCGCCUCCUCUUCCUCCGGCGACCCCCGCCCCCCUCCACCGCCCACCUCCCCGCCCUCCUCCGCCGCCCACUCAUCCCUUCGCCUCCCUGCCUUCUCCCCUCGAUCGCACCUCCACCCCGCUCCGCCCCUGCCCCGUCUUCUCGCCCGCAAACCCUAACCCUAGCUCCGCGCGCCAGAGCUCUUGCGGGGAGAUACUGCUUGUGGUCGAACACGCUCUGAAGAACCCUGAGGAAUGAGCCUCUGCAUCCAGUGAUGUCCGGAUGAUGCCUGCUUUGGCUGUCAUAUGGUGAAUAUCAAAACGUGCUCUAUGGGUGGAAUUUUCAAUUAUGGUGUUAGUGUUGGUAACAAGUCUUCACCACGCAGUCUGGCCAUUGAGAAAGCUCAGGAGGAGCUCAGGCAGGAGCACGAUGUUCGUGAAGAACGGAAGAGAGAGCUGGAUUUUCUAGAGAAAGGAGGGAACCCAUUGGAUUUCAAAUUUGUCCAUGUAGCAUCAGUUAGUGUACAAUCGACUUCUCUCACAGAGCAAAUAGUUGAACAGAAUGUGAUAAGUGAUGCUAAAGGUAGUUUUGCUUUUGCUGCUUCGCCUCGUGGAGAUUCUGUUGAGAGUAACGGCAGACCAGGAAGUUCACCAUGCCGUGAAACCAACACAGCAGACAAUCUUAUGCUCUUUCGUGGAGAUAAAAAUGACGUUGUAGAGGAGAAGAUUGUAAAAAGAGGAACAAAGAGAACUAAUGCUGCUCAAUCCAAGCAGCCCUUGCCCACUGAUGGUCACAACAAUGCAAAACAAGCUGAGGAUUCUGUUCUAUCACGCCUUGGAGUGAAGAGCCAGGCAUAUGUUCGACGCAACAGGUCAAAACCAUGUAGGGAGAUUACUUCAGUCAAAUCACCUACGGUUCCUGCUAAAAGUUCUGAACCAAAAGAUGCAAAAGGUGAAAUGCAGGAAAAACAGGCAGAUGGGCAUGGUGCACGUUCUGUUUCUGGUUUAAAACAAGCAGGACAGAAGCGUGAAAAUGCAACUAAGAGUACAGCUUCUGAUGAACAUGUUGCAAUGGAGUUGGAUGGGAUUCAAACCAAUCGUGGAAGCAACUGCUUAGUGAAGAAUGAAGCAUCACAAAGUGAUGGUAGCAGUAAAGCUAUUGAAGUGUUGCCCAAUGCGUAUGGCAAUCAACAGCUUGGUGGAUGUGGUGAGGUAGUUGCAGCAGGUGAACCUGUAGAGAUCCCUGAUUCUACUUCAAACAUUAUAUUGAGGUCAUCUUAUUCUAGUGCAAAAUCUACACAUCAUGCAAGUGAAACACAUGCUUAUGAUCAGAAGGUUGAGGAUGGUCAAUUGGAUAAAGGUUUUACCUCUAUCCAUGUAGAUGAACUAGAUAACAGUGGCAUCAGUCCAGUGUGUGCUGUAGAAUCUGGAACAGUGUGCACAAAUUUGGUGGAUCCACAUUGUGAAGAAUCCAUAGAUAUGACUCAUAAUCAUGCAGAUGGAAAAAGUAAUCAAGUUGAUAUGAAAAAUGUUGACGAGCCUCAAGAUCUGGACACUAGUAGACUUUCUAACAAGGGUAUCAAGGAAAGUGUUCAGUUGGAAGGUUUCAUCGGUUCUACUUCUGUUAAGGAAAAUUCCAAUCAUGUACAACCUGAAGUAAGCACCACUGUUCCUGUUAAAGAUGAAUCAGAAGCUUUUGACAGUGCAAUAGUUGCACAGAAGGAUAUUGUCUGUUCGUCUCCUGUCCACAGUAUGAAUAAAGAGGAAAGUCCAGGUUCAGAGGGAAGAAACAGUUGUCUUGGGAAUUCUAACUCUAUCCAUCCAAUUGUUGUAGGCCCUGUCUUGCCUAAAAAUUCUCUACCUGAAAAAUACAGCUCUGAUAUGGAGACUGAAAUUAAAACAUCUGGAGAGAAUCUGGACCAAAUGGCACAAAAGGAACAUGAAGAUUCUAUCCUUAAAAAGGCUCAUCUUAUAGAGGUGAAUCUUAAGAGGGCUGGUGAACGAUCUCUCUAUAAUAUGUCUCUAGAGAAGAGGACAAGGGGUCACUGGGAUUUUGUCCUUGAGGAGAUGGCUUGGAUGGCAAAUGAUUUCAUGCAGGAGCGCUUGUGGAAAAAUAUGGCUGCAGCUCGGGUAUGCCAUUGGGUUGUGUCUAAAGGAAGGGCAAAAUUUGAGGAAGCAAUCAUUCAGAGAAAGCAGAAAGCUGUUACAAGAAGCCUUGUAAAAGGUAUCAUGAGUUUUUGGCGUUCAGCAGAGGCUUUGCGAACUAUUGGUAGGACAGCUGUUAUUCAAGAACACAACUCAGAUAUGCUGGAUACGACAAAUCAUACUGGUUUGAAAGCUGAAAAAUCUGAGGGUAACAAAUCCUCGGAAGCAGAAGAGCCUAACUAUCCUCGCCAAUCUCGAAUUCAGGAUUAUGCAGUUAAAUUUCUUGAAUAUAACAGUCAGACAUCUGGUUCUCUUGUGUUGGCUGAAGCACCACCAACUCCUGACAGGCUAAAUGACUUUGGUACCUUGAAAGUGUCUGAUCUUUCAGAAGGAAGUCUCUUUUAUACAGUAGCACCUAGUGCAAUGAAGGUAUACAGGGAGUCUGUGGAAUCUCUUUCUGUGCAUCAUAAGAAGACUGGUUACAUUGGUCUCAAGGAUGACUAUGAGGCAUCUGGGUGUGACUUUGCUGCAGAUUUGCCUCAGGAGAAUGCUUAUGAGGAUGAAGGGGAGACAUGCACUUAUUUACCGGAAGCAUAUGAUGGUGGUUUGUUAUCACAGAUGGGCCAUAGGAAACAACUAGGGCAGCAGAGGAUUAACGGUGCAAGAUCAUAUGGAAUAAGUACUCAUGUGCCUUUUGAACCAUAUUUGGAAAGCAAAUUAUCGAAUGGAAAAAGGCCUUCAUCUUUCCUUGCAGUUCCUACGAAACGCAUCCGUACAGCUGCUAGACAACGAAUCGUAAGCCCAUACCCUGCUGGCAUUGGUGGAACCACCCAAGUCACAAGUAAAACUGAUGUUUCAAGUGGGGACACAAGCUCCUACCAAGAUGAUCAAAGUUCGUUGCAUGGGGGGUCCUUGCCAUGGAAAAAUACAGACUUCGAAUCAACAGUUGAUUUUGACAGACAAUUGCCAUAUGAUGGUAGGGAAGUGGUCACUAAAGCUAACAAGAAGAAAAAGCUUAAGAACCCAGGAUAUAAGACUUCUCAAAAUGCAGCCAAUUCCUGUGCCUUGGCUUCUGCAAAGGGCCGUAUAUGUGAUCAACGAUCCCAAGCUGAUUUCUUUACUCAGUAUGACCAGAAGGACUUUCUGAAGAAGAAAUCAGACUCUGAACAAUUUGAUUCAAAAUGGAACAUUGCUUCCCAUGGUGGUCAACAUGCUUUGAAGAAGCUUAAAUUGAUGAGGCAAGGGAUAGAUAUUUCACAGGAAGCUUCUCCUGUUGCAUCACAGAUGAGUAACAUGGCAAAUUCUGCUAAAAUUAUAAAGAUAAUCACCAAUAGGGAUCGUGGGAGAAAAGGCAAAGCACUGAAGAUGGCUUCCAGCGGUGGAUGGUCAAACUUCGAGGAUCAGGCUCUUGUUGUCCUUGUCCACGACUUGGGUCAAAACUGGGAAUUAGUAAGCGACGCAAUUAAUAGCAUUGAGCAAUUCAAGUCUGUAUAUAGGCAACCUAAAGGGUGCAAGGAGCGUUAUAAGGUUCUCGUGGAUAAAAAUUCUGGUGAUGGUGCCGAUAGUGCAGAGGACUCUGGUUCAUCUCAACACUAUCAUUUUACGUUGCCAGGCAUUCCAAAGGGAAGUGCUAGGCAGUUAUUCCAACGACUUCAAGGACCAAUAGAGGAAGAAAAUCUCAAGGCACAUUUUGAAAAAAUGAUUCUACUCAUGCGGCAACUGCACGCCAGACGUAGAAAGGGUAAUAGCCAGGAACUCAAGUCGAUCAUACAGCCACAUAGUUCUCAUGUUGCCGCUCUAACACAAGCAUGCCCAAAUAACUUAUCCGGAGGCGCUUUGACGCCACUUGAUCUUUGCGACGCUGUAAGUUCAAACCUAGAUGCAAGUACGCCUGGUAGUGGUUACCAGAGUUCUUAUACAAUUGGGUUAACACCACCAAACCAUCAUGGUUCCAAUGGCCCUACAACUCCCAAUUCAACUCUGAAUUCCAGGUUAUCAGGGUCACCUGGUACGGUUCUGAGCAACAAUUUUUUGCCGCCUUCAACAUUUAGUGCCUCUUCAAGGGAUGCUCAGAAAUAUGGUGUUCCUAGAUGUACCUCUUUACAAAGUGAUGAGCAACAGAAGAUUCACUAUAACCAGAUUCUUAGUGGUAGAAAUCUUCAGCAGACUGGAGGUUCUGUUCCAGGAGCAUUUCCUCCUGGGGUUGAUCGUGGUGCACGUGUGAUGCCUGGUACCCAUGGUAUGGGCAUGGUGUCAGGACUAAAUCGAGGUAUGCCUGCUGCAACUGUAGGCUUUCCUAGGCAUAGUUCCCCUGGAAAGCCAAAUGUGGUUUCACCUGGAAAUGUAUUAGCCAACAGUGGGCAAGGAGCGCCAAACGCAGUAAAUGUCCAUCCUGGAGCCAUGUCUGCCCCUGGAAAUCCAACCUUACGGCCACAUAAUCCUAUGCAGGCGCUUCAUGUUUCACAGGGAAAUACUCAAGCCAUCAGCAGCAUGAAUCAUUCACUCUCCAAUGCGGCAUCUUCUUCACCUGUUCAGUCUUUUCCUAUUCAGCAACAUCAACAGAAACAUCAAAUUUCACCGCCAUCACACAUGUUUGGAAAUCCGCAGCAUCCUCAGAUCCAAGGGAUGAGCCAUUCGAAUCCACAGCAGCAAACAUAUGCUAUGCGCUUGGCUAAAGAAAGGAACAUCCAACAACGUAUGGUGCCUCAGCAACAGAAUGAUCUUCCUGGAGCAAGUGCAGUACCCAGUGUACAGAAUGGUUCGCAUGGUCAGCAGCAGAAGCAAUCACCUGCAGCCUUGUCAGCCCCAUCUUCACAACCACAGCAUCAGCGGCAGCAAGCUGCACAAAAUCCACCAGAUAGCUGUGCACAUCCCAAUCAACCAACCAAUGCUACACAACAUAAGCCAAAGAAGAGUCAACAGCAGCCUAGACAGAAUCAGCAACAAAGGAAUCAAGGUAGUCAACAGGCUAAGCUUAUGAAGAGCUUAGGACGAGGGAACAUGCUGAUACCUCAGACUACAGUUGACACCACUCCAACCAAUGCUGUUUCUGCGUCUUCCAAAAAGCAAAUUACUGAGAACAAACUGAUUCAACAUGGCCAAGGAACUUUACCCGGAAAUAAAGCAUCAAAUCCGUCAAUCCCUCAUCCUGGAAAUCAACAUAAACUAUACAGUUCUCCAUUGCCUCAAUCACCAAAACAGUUGCCAGAUAUUGGUAACCAAGGCGUAUUGCAGGGUUCUCCUAGUCAGGCCCUCUUAACUUCACAACAGCUUCCACUCCAUCCUAAAUCUUCACUGACCACACAACAGCAACAACAGCAUGUCCAUUCAUCGCAGAAUAGCAUCCAAAGAAUGAUGAUGCACCAAAACCUCCAAAGUAAUUCUGAUUGUAGGCCAGACUCACAGGUCGUUCAAGUCCAAAACAAUCAGAUAGUUCCAACACCACCUAUUCCUCAGAGUACAGAGAAAGGCAGCGCUGGACUUUCAUCCAUAAGCCAGCAGAAGCACGAGGUGUCGAAUGAUUCAAAUGCAGUUAAUUCAACAUCUAUGAUGCUUAGCUCUCCUCAAGAUACAUUUGCUGGGGGUGAGAGACUAUUGCCAUCAUCUAGCCAUGAUGUGCUGGAAAGGCAGAUGCCAGGUGGUUUGCCUAUGUAUGGUGGCCAGUGGCACCAGGAGCAAUCUAAGCAGCAACUGCAGUCCCCAAACCAGCAGAGACCAGUUGUUCAAGGCAGUGUAUAUGCUCCAUUAAAUCCUGGGCCUGGCUGAUGAUAAAUUAAUCUGGGUUGGUCACUUUUACAGAGCAACCCUUUUUUGAAAUCUAAAGUUAUUGUACAGGACAUCAAGUUGCUCGUAUUCAUCAUUUCUUGAAGUAGAGGUGUCAGUGACUCCGUAACAUGGAAGCUGCGGAUGAUAGUGAUGUUAAUUCAACUUGGAGCUAAUCGUAAUCACCUUAGUGUCAGGUAGAUAGUUGUUUCCGUGCCAUUUUAAGUCCACCUUUAGAAGGUGAAAUAUGUUUUAUGCAGUCUAGAUAACUGGAUGGAGGUGGCUGUUGCAGCGGCAAACUUCGUUUCUUUUUGGUGGAUUCUGACCCAAAUCCUGGGCCCGGCUGUAUAUUUUCGAUGCGAGGUCCAUGCUUUCUAGAAUCAGGAGGAUAAAGUGUAACCCUGUAAUUGCUUCAACUACAACUUGGUGAAUGCAAAAGUGCUUAUUUGCAUUUUGUAAUGCGCAGUUUGUUUGUCAUUUGAAACACCUCGCUAGUGCUGUUUUGCAGCAUCAGUGUGGAAGGAGGCAGAGGCAAAGGUGGAUUGCUUCA